CGCCUGACGCUCCACUCGACGCCCAGGAAGAGAAACCCCACACAUCUAUCGCCACAAGUUUAAAUAUGACGAUUCAUUUGUUGUUUUGACGUGUUUUCUGUCGUGUUUACGUUCCUGUAGUGGUAUUGUGGGUAAUAAUGCUGGAUGGUUGGACUAAUGAAGUUCAGUUUGGAUUUCUGCCGGUUACUGGGGCUCAGCGGCUCCAGUGAUGAGAGGCCAGAGGAGAUGGACACAGGUGCCCUCCCCGAGCAGAAUGACCACACACUCUCACAGGAUGUCUUAAUUGGUGAGGAGGGUCUCAGUGAGGAAGAGAAGGCUAGACGGAAAGCAGAGAGACGCAAAGCCAAGAGGAAGCGUCAACGUCAGCGGAAGAAACUAGAGCGGGGUAAAAAGGAUGAAAGUACUGAACAGGAGGAAGAGGAGGAGGAGGAGGACAAUGCCGGAGUUGAUUCUGAACUUGACGAGUCUGAGGAGUCUGAACCAGAGGAGGUGGAAGAUAUUGACCUUUUGAAGGUUGAAGAGAAGCCAGUUGCUCCUCCAAGUAAAUGUCCUUCUGGACCUCCACUGGCAUCAGGGAACAAAAGCAACCGGCAGCCGACAGCCCGCCCUAGUGAAGAGGACCCAGGCUGGGAUGUGAACAGUGCUUUUGUUGCCAAUGCUGUCAGUCACAUUCGGCCCAAAGCUAAAAGUAAAGGAGCUCACAAGUCGAAAGAGAACAAGGAAAAUGAGAGCAGGAUGGGAGAAGUCAUUGGCUUAUCAGAUGCUAAAAUUAAAAGAAGUGCCUUACUAGUAGAAAAAGGGAUUCGGUUUGUUCAGGAGGGUCAGUACACACAAGCUGUUAGUCUGUUUACAGAGGCCAUCAAAUGUGACCCGAAAGACUACAGGUUUUUUGGCAAUCGCUCCUACUGCUACUGUUGUCUGGAGCAGUAUCCUCUGGCCCUCGCAGAUGCUGAGAAGUCCAUUCAAAUGGCUCCUGAUUGGCCAAAAGGAUAUUACCGUAAGGGAAGUGCACUUAUGGGACUUAAGAGGUACAGCGAAGCUGAGAAAGCCAUGGAUCAGGUGCUAAAACUGGACCAAGACUGCGAAGAAGCGGUCAAUGACCUCUUGUACUGUAAAGUACAACAGCUUAUGGAUUUUGGCUAUGAUGAGGAACAGAGUAUUCAAUUGCUGGAAAAAUACAACACUGUGCAGGCUGUUGUUGCAGCCAAGGCUUCGAAUCAGGACUGUGCUCUCCUCCAACCAGGUCCUUGCAAUUCCUUGUGGGUGGGCAAUGUGACCACAGAACUGACGGAGAAACAUCUGCGGGACCUGUUUAAAAUUUAUGGAGAAAUUGACAGCAUUCGGGUUCUGCAUGAACGUUUCUGUGCGUUUGUUAACUUUAAGAAUGCCAACAUGGCCUCCCGUGCGAUGGAGAAACUCAAUGGAUAUUUUAUUGAGAAUACCCGACUAGUGGUUCGAUAUCCAGAUCGACGGAUUCAGAGAGUCCUACCAACACCUGCCCUUCAACAAUCUGCCGGGGCUGCUGGGCCAAGACGCAGAGGUCCGGUCAACGGCGAUGAGUGUUACUUCUGGAGGACCACCGGCUGUCAUUUUGGAGAUAGAUGUCGCUAUAAGCACAUUCCUGAUCAUCGAGGCAAAGACUGGCAACCCUGAGUCAACGCUAGCCUCUCUUUUCGUCUCCCCUAAGAACUCUGGGAGACGACUGCAUGACUGUAGGGACUGUAAUCUUCACUUUGAUUAUCUGUAGGUCAGGACCAGUAUUGUGGAUCAGAGUCUUACGACGGCUCUCUUGAGGUCAGAGUGCUUCGCCGUCAGACUCCGAACCUCACGGGGUUUCAAAGCAGACGGGACUCUGGGAAAAGUGUCUCUUUUGAGGUGAGGUUUGGGUGGUGCAGAGUGCCAGAGCAUCGCUGCACCGCAUCGCCGUCUGCUGAGGUUUACACGGCCUCUCAUAUCGUACGCUGUCUUCUCUCUUCCUGUGCCAACUCCACCAACCCAAAAGAAGAGCCGUAGAUCUGGUCUGACAUUUGAGCUCAUCUUGAGAGAAUGACUUUGAUUCUGUAUUUGAGGAUGGGAGAAUCGUACCAAAGAAUAAUACUAGGCCAUAUGUGAAUUUUACAUUGAGAAAGAGAGAAAAAGGCUUUCAGGGAAAAUUAGCUUAGUAGUUUUACAUGUGUGUUUUGAUUUGUUUCCACCAUCUCAAACACACUCCAGCUGUUCAUUCAUCCAUUUUUCUAAUUGGACUUUUCCCACUGUUUCUCUCAAACAGCCCCAAGUUUAAGACGUUUGAGGGCAUAUCAGUAUUGCAAGGGUUAGAGCAAUUGUUAGAGCAAAUCUUUUAGAAAUUACAACACUUGAUAAAUUAUUUUCAGUUCUCCUUUUUGUUUUUCUUGCAGUCUUGCACUUUACAAUAUCAGAUAGUGAGCUUGGGCAUUUGAAGUCAGCUAUAGGUUGUUUCUCGAGUGAAAAACGGUGAAUGAGUGGGUGUUUGGUCAGAAUCGUGUUGCUAAGGUAUUGAUGAUCAGUGGUCAUCGGUGGUAUUUUUUCAUGGUGUUUAUCCAAUGGCACAUCGUUGCCGUUUAGAUAUUAUUUACAUUUAUCUAUCAACAAACAUGGAAUAAUGGUUUCACGUAAUGUGAUCGCAAACAGUUUCGAUCGUAGAUCAUGUCAUGCUGCUCCACAAAAUGCAGAAAACCUUGCGGUUUUCUUAUGCAAGAGCUCUGAGACAGGAAGCUCUUGCUUUGGCACUUUUCAUACUGUCAGCGCAAAGUUGAUCGGGUGGUUUUCAUCAUUUCCUCUUUUAUUUAACAUUCUUGCCCUGGGUUUAGUGGAUGAGAAGGAAGUUAGCUGUUUAAGAUGGUUCGUCAUGUCUUCCACCUCAUGACAUCUUCUUGUAGAACAGCAUGCACAUUUUUUAAGUUAUUGUUGGUAUGAUUUUGAUUUCAUCAAGCGAUAUCGUUUCAAUGCAUUUGAAAACUCUCAUAACCUCGUGACACACUUAACCAAAGAAACACUAAUGUUUACCUAGUGUACCACAGACAAACACAUUGCUAUUUUUGUACCUUACACUAUUUACGACGUGUCAGUUAAUGAUUUUUUCCUCAGUUUUUAGAUACUGCUGCAUGGGUUUUUGUGCAGGCUGUAGUCACACUAGUGCUUUUAGUUUAGUUGGGCUUCGUUUGACUCUGUGACAGUCCAGAGUUCUUUGAAAAUAUUUGCUUUACUAUCAGAUGAGUUAUUUUAGCAUUAAUAUUUAAGCUGAGGUACCUCAUGAACAAAGGAGUUUUAUUUUAGUCUGAGCUGAAUAAUACAGAACAGUAAUGUGUGUCUGGAGAAAUGUCACUUUUGUUGGUUUGGGAUUGAGGCGUACACUUGUGGUUCUCAUCAUUUUUAGUUUUUUAAAAAAUGCCUGUAUGUUCAAAUAAAUUAUUUUUUUGAUUUUUUUUUUUUUUUUUUUUUUUUUUUUUUUGAGGAGUCUGAAAACAGCAAGAGUUCCUCACUGUUGUGCUGCUCAAAGAGCCCUUAAUAGUCAUCCAUUAAAAGAUAUUUAUCACUCAAAAAGAGGAUUUUCCGUCUCUUUUUGGUUGUGAUAUCAUUAACAGCGAUUCUUCACUUUCUCUAUUGAUUUAUGUUUUUCUUUUGUGGCCUUUUCCUCUUUUAUGUCACAUUCAUGCUCCACAUUUUUUUUUUUUCCAAAAGUUAUUUUUACCCUUAUUUAGCACGGCAUUAAAAAAAAAGUCAUCAUAAUAAAUGUAUUGAAACUUGA